UUGAUAACUAAGCAAGGCCAUAGCGAACUAGACCGAUUUCGGCCCAGCCCACAGUCCAAUAGCCCAAGAUGUGACCGCAGACGCACGCUCGGGCCAUCGUCACCCUUCCACCGUUCCACGCCAUCCAGCCAAUCGGGCGUCUGUCCUGGCAUGCUCGGUCCAAUCGCUCUACGCCACGUCACCCCUCUUACGCGCUCUUCCCUCCUUCGCCACGGUUGCGCCGAGCUCCUAUAACACGCGCUCCCGCUUCCACUCGGCGACCUCCACCGGUCCACCGCGCAUCGAACCCCCCACUAGUGCCGAUUCAGCUGAUCCCUGGCCGUCGCCGGCCGGCGAAUCCGCACCAUGGCGGUCGUGCGCCUCCGCGGCAACGGUGCAAACGGCGUCGUCCGUCCCCGGCCCCGCGACCGCGGCGCCCGCGGUGGCGGCGGAAGCAUGGCGGGGCGCGUGGCCGUCCUCGCCUUCUGUGUCGCCGGGAUCUGGUCCGCCUACAUCUACCAGGGCGUCCUUCAGGAGACUCUAUCCACGAAGCGGUUCGGGCCGGAGGGGCGGCGGUUCGAGCACCUCGCGUUCCUCAACUUCGCGCAGAACGUCCUCUGCUUCGUCUGGUCCUUCAUAAUGAUUAAGCUGUGGUCGGGUGGGAGUAGCUCCAAUGGCCGCGCGCCGCUAUGGAAGUAUUGGGGCGUCAGCGUCACCAAUACCAUCGGGCCGACGAUGGGGAUCGAGGCGCUCAAGUACAUCAGCUAUCCGGCUCAGGUGUUGGCAAAAUCUUCUAAGAUGAUUCCUGUAAUGUUGAUGGGAACACUUCUCUAUGGUGUGAAGUACACACUUCCAGAGUAUUUUUGCACCUUUCUUGUUGCUGGCGGUGUGUCCUCCUUUGCGUUGUUGAAGACAAGCUCGAAGACAAUUAAGAAGCUUGCCAACCCUAAUGCACCUCUUGGCUAUACAUUGUGCUUCCUCAACUUAGCUUUUGAUGGGUAUACUAACUCGACCCAAGAUUUAAUAAAAUCAAGGUACCCAAAGACAAACCCAUGGGAUAUAAUGCUUGGCAUGAACCUCUGGGGGACCAUAUAUAAUGCUGUAAUUAUGUUUGCUGCGCCAUUACUGUUCAGUAAUUGGCCAUAUGCAAAUGGUUUUGAGGCAUUGAGAUUUUGCCAGGAGAACCCAGAGGUCGCCUGGGACAUUUUCCUGUUCUGCCUAUGUGGUGCCGUGGGGCAGAACUUCAUCUUUUUAACCAUCAGCCGGUUUGGCUCUCUUACUAACACAACAAUCACUACCACCCGUAAAUUCAUGAGCAUUGUGGUUUCAUCAGUCAUCAGUGGCAAUCCAUUAUCUUUGAAGCAAUGGGGUAGUGUUGUGAUGGUCUUCUUAGGCCUCUCUAUCCAAAUAUAUCUCAAAUGGAAGAAAAAGAAGGGCAGAGACCACAAGGAGUAAGCUUGAUUCUUGAACCUGUUCCGAUUUGUAACUUCAAUUGGACAGAUCUGUUGUGAGGUUGACCAGGAUAACGUUAAUGCAGUCGAAAUUAGGAGACUUUUACAUGGACUAUUAUGAGCGAUAACUAGUGUGAGGCUGUGAGCUAUUGGUAACAGCUUGUAGUUUCUGUUCUACAGGGAGAUGCAGCAAUUUGUGUUGCAUUGAGGACAAAGUUGUAUGAUGACCAAUGUAUUUUUGUUCUACUCUCUCGAAAGUAAUCUGUUGUAGAAUUAAAAUUGCAACAUCUAGGUUUUUGUUCUAGUUCAUGUAUACCUCUUAUGUUGUGUUUGGAAGAGCAGUAGACUUAAAUUUGAACUAAGCCACAAGUAAUUUAGAUGAGGAAAUUUGGUUUCAGAACCUUUAUAAUAAGGAUUUGGAAUGGUUAUCUUCCCAAUCCUAGCGAAUAGAGAUGUUAUAAGAACAUUACUUAUGUUGUACCAAGAUAUACGAAUACAAUGGGUGCUCUAUACUCCAUUAGCGAAAUGUAAAUGAAAAUUUGAUA